AAGGGCUCGGCGUUGCCACGCGGGGAGCGCGCUCCCCGGCCCGGCCGCGGCAUGCGCGCGCUGCUCGGCCUGCUCCUGGUAUUCGCCGGCUGCACCUUCGCGCUGUACCUGCUGUCCACGCGGCUGCCCGUGGGGCCGAGGCUGGCGUCGGCCGAGGAGCCCCAAGGCCGGUCACUGUGGUUCCCCUCAGACCUAGCCGAGCUGCGGGAGCUCUCCGAGGUCCUUCGGGAGUACCGGAAGGAGCACCAGGCCUACGUGUUCCUGCUCUUCUGCAGUGCCUACCUCUACAAACAGGGCUUUGCCAUCCCUGGCUCCAGUUUCCUGAAUGUUCUGGCUGGUGCCUUGUUUGGGCCAUGGCUGGGACUGUUGCUGUGCUGUGUGCUGACAUCCGUGGGCGCCACGUGCUGCUACCUGCUCUCCAGUGUUUUCGGCAAACAGCUGGUCAUCUCCUACUUCCCUGAUAAAGUGGCCCUGCUGCAGAGGAAGGUGGAGGAGAACAGAAACAGCCUGUUCUUUUUCCUGCUGUUCCUCAGACUCUUCCCCAUGACACCGAACUGGUUCUUGAACCUCUCGGCCCCGAUUCUGAACAUCCCCAUCCUGCAGUUUUUCUUCUCAGUGCUUAUCGGUUUGAUCCCAUAUAAUUUCAUCUGCGUACAGACAGGCUCCAUCCUGUCCACUCUCACUUCUCUGGAUGCUCUCUUCUCCUGGGAAACUGUCUUGAAGCUGUUGGCCAUUGCCCUGGUCGCUUUGGUUCCUGGAACCCUCAUCAAGAAAUUUAGCCGGAAGCACCUGGCGCUGAGUGACAGGAGCAACACCAGUCGCCUGGGUGGCAGGAAGGACUCGUGACACAGGUUCCGUGUUUACCACAGCACUGGACGCUGCUGCUGAUCUGUGUGAUGGCCCUUUUAAUGCCCUUACUGUGUUUUAAUUGCCCUCAAAAGGUGAUCUCAACGGUGUCCUAGUGUGCGCAGAGGCCUAUUAGAAGGGUGUUCUGCUUGAGGGUCCAGUCCCGUUUAGCAGGGUUCUGUGAAAUGGACUGCUUUCUAGAAAAUCUUGUUUUGGUUCUAUCCAGGACCAGGGAACUCAGUCUUCUGGGCUUGCCUCUUGCCGGUCCCUGAGAUGUCUUGGGAGAAGGUGGCCUUUUGGACAGGCUGUGUAGCAGGUACUCCUGUU